AUGGUCAAGACAAGUGCCGUAAACAGUCUACUCUAUGAAAUUUCGAGCGUUCCUUUCAGUGUCGUAAUGCCUAACGGAUCAUCUCCUAUGAGCUGUCACAAUAAGGAUCCAAAAAUUGUUCAUCGAAAGGAGAUCGACAUAUUUAGGGAGAGGGUUCGGGAUCUGUUGAAAAAGUACCCAGCCUAUAAUACGGAUUAUACAUUGGUACGUUGGCUUCACGGUUAUAAGUUCGACUAUGCGUCCCUUCUUUGGCAUGCUGGCUUUCCUACCGUCGGAAUUUGGUUCGUGAGUGCUUUUGGUUUGGCCAUUUUUUGCUUAAGAGAAAUGGCAGCGCAAAAAAUGGAAUGGGCAUUGAAUACAAUGAAUGCUGUUGGUGUAUUUGACAUGGAUUUGAGCAGUGUCGAUGCAGUUCAGAAAGCAGUUCGUAGUAUCACACCGAUUGCUGAGUAUUUUCCAGGAGGCGUCAUUGGAUACGAUAAGAACGGCAACAUCAUUAACAUGCACACGAUGGGUCAGAUCAGAAUCAGAAGUUUGGUGGAUGCGGAACGUGCGUCAAAGUUCUUCAUCGGAGCGAUAGUUGAUUGCGAGGGUGCUGCCCAUCUAAUGCGGUUAUUCAACUUUAUCCUUAUACGUCCAGUUCAUCCUCAAGCCGAAGAAGCGAGAAGGGGAAAGAAGCUUGGAGGGAUACUGAUUGUUGAUCUGAGCGGUUUCUCAUACGAUGUUUUGUUCCCCGAUACAGCCAUCAAGUUAUACAUUGUGAACGCUCCUCUCGUAGUUAACGCACUUCUCAAAAUGGUUCUUAUGGCUUUGUCUAAAGAUACAGUGGAAAAAGUCGAGAUUCUGGGUAGUGAUUGGAAGGAAAUUUUGACAGAACGACAUGGAGCAGAAAACUUGCCUGAAAGCUGUGGUGGUCAACUGAAUGGUAGUGUGUUGAGGACAGGCGGUGAAGUACCAGAAACUGUGAAAGAGAGUAUCAGGAAAGUGCAUUAUGAGAAAGAUCAGCUGACUAAAAUUCGCGUGAGUGCAGGAAGCGAGAAGCAUAUUACGUUCAAGGUGGACAAGCCACUCAGUAAACUGCAUUGGUACUUUGUUUGUUCUUCAGGCGAUAUUGAUUUCUCAAUUACCUACAAAAAUCGUGAAGUGUGGCCAUGCUUCAGGAUUUCAACCGAAUUUGUACCUGAAUUCGGUGAGAUAACUUGUGACGAAGCUGGGGAGUAUGAGGUUCGAUUCAGUAAUGAGCAUGCAAUGUUGUGGAGUAAAGAAAUCCACUAUCGCAUCCAAAUUGAGCCUUUAUAA